UUUGCGCCAGUCCCGGUCUGGGGGUAAUUUGCUGUGUAACUAGAGGCCAGAGCCAGGGGGAAAAAAACUAGCGAAGAGCAACAUGGAGUAUCUGAUCGGAAUCCAGGGCCAGGACUUUGUGCUAGUGGCGGCAGACACGGUGUGUGCCAACAGUAUCAUUCAGAUGAAACAUGAUGCGGAUAAAAUGUUCAAAAUGAGUGAGAAGAUUCUGCUGUUGUGUGUUGGAGAAGCUGGUGACACUGUGCAGUUUGCAGAAUACAUUCAGAAAAACGUGCAGCUCUACAAAAUGAGAAAUGGAUAUGAAUUGUCACCAACGGCAGCUGCGAACUUCACACGUAAAAACCUGGCUGAUUACCUAAGAAGUCGGACUCCUUACCAUGUGAACUUGCUGCUGGCCGGUUACGAUGAACAAGAUGGACCUUCUCUAUACUAUAUGGACUACCUAGCCGCACUUGCGAAGGCCCCUUUUGCUGCCCACGGUUAUGGAGCUUACCUUACACUUAGCAUACUGGAUCGCUAUUACAAGCCAGAUCUAACACGGGAGGAUGCAGUAGAGCUUCUAAAGAAAUGUAUAGCAGAGCUGAAGAAGCGGUUCAUCCUGAGUCUGCCUUCAUUUACCGUGCGGGUCAUCGAUAAAGAUGGGAUCCACAAUAUGGAAGCCAUUCCGGCCUCAAGCGUGUAAUAUGCACUUACUCUUCGUCCCCUCCCGUCUCCUUUUUUACAUUCAGGUUUAUUUCUACAGUUUUUGGAAACUAGAUCAAAUAAAUUACCCUCUGCUGAUGAAGGCAUGGAGGAUUAGCUAA